AUGCGCUUUCGAGCGGACAUUGGAAAUGCUAACACGUUCUUCAAGAUAUGGCAGGCGAUCGAGAAGCAGCAAAAACGGUGUAUCAUUAGGUUCUCAGAAAAUGAGAUGCGAAUCAUCUGCAACAACGACGUGAACGAGGGUGGGAUACAGGUCUGGUCACAAAUCAAAGCGCGGUCUCUGUUCACAGAAUACCGCGUAGAAUCCAACGCGAACAACGAAAUUACAAUGACCAUAUCAACAGAGGCCCUCCUAUCAGCGCUCCGAUCCGCGUCGACACCGGCAGGACAGACUGGAUCCUUUGCGGCAGAUGCAGAUGUCGUCAUGAGGCUUAUCAAGAAGAACGGCCAAGCUGUUCUAAGUUUUGGGAUCAGUGGGACGACGCGAAAUGGUAGACAAGUGCGCAUCGCGCAUGACGUUCGAAUUGAUGUCAUGCGACCAAAUGACGUCCAAAGGCUCAAAGAGCCUAUGUGCCCGGAGCCAGAGGUGCAUAUCGUUCUUCCCCCUCUUGCGAAGCUUCGCACGGUCGUAGAGCGUUUAAAGCCGCUUGCUGGAGAUGUCGUAGCCAUACGGGCGAAUGGCUCGGGGUGCCUGCAGCUGAGCGCGCAGACGGACAGCGCGCGCGUUGAUGUUUCAUGGAAGGGGUUGGCAAACCCUGCGAUGACCAGGGAUGCAAACAGCCAGGACCCAGAUGCGGGGGACGACUCAGACAUGCACGACUCCUCUCAGAUGUAUGGUGUAUUAGUGUCCCUCAAAAGCCUCCAGAAAUUCCUUAGCAGCCAUGUGGUGUCAACGACGACCAUCGCUUGUAUGUGUGUCACUCAAGACUUGUGA